AUUGGCACUGCGAUGGGGUCACGCUGCGCUUCCUCAGAUACGCGGCCCUCAAAGACCGGUGCUCACUGGUUGGCAAGUUCCACGCCAAGAAGGGGGGCAUCUCCGCGGGCUCCUCGGCCGAGCGGCACCAGGAGGAGGCCACCCGCGCGAUGACCGGCAUGCUGGACGAGUUCGCUUCUCAGUACGCGCGCCUUGCGGCGCCUGGGGAGGCCGCGUCGUGCGGCCUGAUCUGGCGCAGCGGGGCAGGGGGCGCGGAGGGCGGCUGCGCCAGCGGGGGCGGGGGCGCUGGCGGAAAGCGCAAGCGGGACAGCGUUGAGGAGGGCGCAGAGAAGCGCAGUCGUGUCUCGACAGCCCGCCUGGGGGCGUAGCUCGUCUGGAGAGUUCUCCUCGGCGAGUGGCCGAGGCGCGGUCGCCCCAGGCCCUUGUGCACAGUCCGGCGCGCUCGCUGAGAGAGCCGCUCUUCGUUGCCAAUCCGCUGCACGUUUGGGGGGACAGCAGUUGCCGACCGUCGGGGAGCGCGGGGGCCGCUCAGUCAAAUCCAGUCUCAUCCUCUCCUUCGAUAUUCGGACCCCUCUCCUCCACGUCCUUCCCCUCCCGCCUCCCGCGAUUUCUCCCUUCGGACUUCGUUAUCCUCCCUCCCUCUGCCCCUACCCGCCAGCGCGCCGCAUGAUUAUGCACGAUCGA